AUGAGAACUGUGGUUAGAAAAUUAACAGAUGAAGAGUUGAAAACGGAGCUGUUGAAAAUCCCAUCCUGGGAACUUGUGCAAGAAGCCAAAAGAAAUGUGAUCCGACGAAAAUUCGCUUUCAAAGAUUUCAAACAAGCAUGGCAAUUUAUGAACAAGGUUGCCACAAAAGCUGACGAGACGGAUCAUCAUCCCGAGUGGUUCAACGUGUACAACAAGGUGGAUAUUGUACUUUCAACACAUGAUUGUGGAGGACUCUCGGAAAGAGACAUUCUCCUUGCUGAAUUUAUUGACCAACAAGUACCUCCUUCAAAGUAA